AUGAGUUCGUAUUUUGCGAAUUCGUAUAUUCCGGACCUGCGCAAUGGCGGGGUGGAUCAUCCCCAUCAGCAUCAGCAGCAUUAUGGGGCUGCAGUCCAGGUGCCCCAGCAGGGCCAGAGUGUUCAACAGCAGCCACAACAGGCAGCUGAUCCCUGUGAUCCAAGUAUGCUCAGACAAGGUGUACCAGCCCACCAUUAUGGUGCGACUGGUACCCAACAGGGUAUACCAUACCCAAGGUUUCCACCCUACGACAGAAUGGACAUACGAAAUGCGGCGUAUUAUCAGCAACAGCAGGACCACGGGAGUCUCGACGGAAUGGGUGGAUACAGAUCAACAUCACCUGGAUCGGGUAUGGCCCAUAUGGGUCACACACCAACGCCAAAUGGCCAUCCAUCAACGCCAAUUGUCUAUGCGAGUUGCAAGCUCCAGGCGGCGGCGGUGGAUCACCAGGGUAGUGUCCUCGAUGGAGCGGAAACACCGCCCCUCGUUGACACUCAGAUGCAUCAUCAAAUGCAUGCACAGCAUCCACACAUGCAGGCCCAACAGCCUCAGGCACAUCAGCAACAACCACAGCAUCAGCAUAUGCAGGCACAACAGCAGCACAUGAUGUAUCAGCAACAACAACAACCAAACAAUCAACCGCAAGGCGGUAUGUUGCCACAGCAACAGGCGCCAGCGCAACAGCAUCAGGGUGUUGUUGCAUCGCCGAUUGGACAGCAGCAACAGGGCCCUCCACAGAGCUCUGGCAACUCCAAUCUACCGAGUCCACUUUAUCCCUGGAUGAGGAGUCAAUUUGAGAGGAAAAGAGGACGACAAACCUACACGCGUUACCAGACCCUAGAGCUGGAGAAGGAAUUUCACUUCAACAGAUACUUGACAAGGCGGCGGCGUAUAGAGAUCGCCCAUGCCCUCUGUCUCACCGAACGACAAAUUAAAAUAUGGUUUCAAAAUAGACGAAUGAAGUGGAAGAAGGAGAACAAAACGAAGGGUGAACCGGGCUCGGGUGAUGGUGAUACCGAUAUUUCACCCCAAACAUCGCCGCAGGGUUGAGAGCCUCAAUGAAGAGUCGAGGUCUUCCAAAGAGCUUCUCAUCUCUCAGGGUCCCACCGCGAACCUUGUCUCCAGCACUACCUCCAGUCUCCCCACCUGACCCCUCCCUCUUUACCCUCAGUCGAUAAUAAUAUCCCCACGGUCCCUGUUUUAACACCCCCCCCCCGCCCCUGUCCCCUCAAAUGAAUGAUCUCCCACGCGAUAUGACCUCCAAAUGACCCCUCAGCAAUGACGCUUAUCUUGUCGUGUUAAUUCAAGUUGCUCGUACCAAAAAGAUGACAAAGAAAGAAAAAAGAAGUACAUAAAAUGUGAGAAGAGUAAAACAAUAUGGAGUUGGCCGAGAGUUGGUGGACGAAAGAGAGAAUGAAAUUAAUGAGGCGAAUGAAGUCACGGGAAUGCGCAAUUUCAUAAGGAUUACAAAAAAAAAAAAUACAAAAUGGUUAAGUGAAUUUUAGAAAUGACGGAUUAAAUUGCAAAUGCGAUAUUUGAAACUAAAACUGGAUCACAUGCUAAUCAGAACCGCGUUAACCUCUAUUACGUUUAAUCGAAAUGUAAUUUACGAAAGCCUAUAUAUAGAGAUAAUGGAAAAAAAAUAUACGUAACUUAAAAAAAAUGGAGUGAGGAGAGAGUGAGAGACGAUGAAUGAGUGAUUGUGUGAGUUUGGAUAAUUAUUAUGCUGCGAUUCUGAUGAAUGAAUUGUUGUGAGUGUAUGAAAACUGUGGGUAAUUAUUAUAGAGGAUGCGUUUCUAUUAUUUAUUCUCUUACUUCGUACAUAAAAAAGAAAACAAAUUGAAUAAAUAAAUAAUUAUGUAGAAAUGCG